AUGCCCCACGCUCAAAGAACUAUCAACCCCGCCCGGGUCAAUUUCUUCCGGGACCUGAAAGGGGAUCUUGAUCCUAAGGCAUUGGAAACGCUGGACCCAGAGAAGUCCACGUCCCAGGGCCUACCGCGAGUAGUAGGCUCCUCUACGACUAAAAUCGAGAGAUAUCCAUGCAUCACUCAGAAGCCUACGCCUACCGCGAUCGCCGGUAGUAUUAGUGCCACGGCCCUUCAAGUCGGACUCGGAAAGAAUAUACCCCGCUGGAAGACCGGACCGACCAAAACCGUCAACUUCGCCGUACUUGCAAAUGGAUAUCCAAAGCCGGAGCUUGCUUUUCUAGCGGCGAAAAACUUGCAAGAAGCCGCCAAUGAAUGGAAUGCGCUGAAGCUCGGCGUGCAGUUUGAAUGGGUUUAUGAGAUCGAAGAUGCCGCAUUCGUCCUCACCUACGCAAAGGAAGUCAGCCCUGGGACCCUGGCAGAGGCCUUUUUUCCGAAUGAUAUGGAUUUGAACGUGCUGAACGUCUAUCCUGCUGCAUUCGAGGAAGGGGCAGUGCAGUACUUGAAGAAUAUUUUCUUGCACGAGCUGGGCCACGUCCUGGGACUGCGUCACGAGUUUGCGCCGGAGCUGGAAACUGGUGCCAACCUGAAGUCGGUUCAAAUCGGUCCACGUAACCCAUCAUCAGUAAUGGCGUACGAAUUCCCUCCCAAAAUGCAGUCUUCGGAUAUCGACAGCGCUAAAGCAUUCUACCAAUUCCCUGGAAAACACCUUGGAGUUAUGCAAAAGACUGGUACGCUGCCUAUUAUGGACUACGAUGCAAAUAACUAG